CAGGGGGUCCGAGGCUGGCAUCAGAAGGUUGUGAGAUACUACAUGAAGACUACAUGUGAACUGAGGCAAUUUUUCGCUCCCCACUAAUUACCAGUCUAUAGCAGCUUGCUGACUCUCGCCGAGUUAAACAAGCUGUGCCAAGAAGGAUUGACUCAGGGGAACAAUCGGAUUUUUCCUGUUUGCAAAUUUGGUCCCCUGUGUCAUCGGUCUCAGACAAAUUCAACGAACUGUCGCUCUAGUAAAAACCGUAUAAGUAGUUACUGCUCAACCUUAAGUGUCAACACAGUAUUCCUUCCAACAUGCCUACCAUUAAAAUUGACCAGCUCGCCGGAGGGCCUAUCACUUUCCGUUACACAAUCUCCACCCCUACAUCGAACUCGGCCAAAAAAAUCGACCCCAAACUUCCAACCGUGCUUUUCUUUCAUCCUGUAUUCGUGCCACAAGAGGUCUUCACAUUCCAAUUUAGCAACCCUAAUCUUCGACAGUUUAACUUAGUAGCUGUAGACAUGAGGUCCCAUGGCGAGUCCAAAGGCAAGAUACCACAAGACUUUGAUCAGAAAAUGGCUGCAGAAGAUAUGUCGGCCUUCAUGAGAAAAAUGAAGCUUCCUCCCUGUCAUAUCUUCGCACUCUCGUUGGGGACAAUCAUCGCGGUGCAAUUAGCGAUCUCUCACCCUGAACAAAUAUUGUCGCUAUUUCUCAUUUCUCCUCUCGGAUUGGAAGAGCCACAAGACGCUGCGGAAGGAAGACAGGCCAUUCAUGACGCAUGGGUUGAGGGAUGGCGGGAUGGUGUCCCAAAUGAGGAGGAGUUAGCCUAUUCCGUGCGCGGUGCUAUAGAACUAGCUUUCUUUGACCCUACGAAUUCAAUGGUUCAAGCUCUCUGUUCCCUAAUCAUUCCCAGUUGCAUGAAAAAUUGGAAUGCCUCGCAUUUGGAUGACUAUCGUAUUACUACUUUGGACAUAUUCUUAGAUCGUCGGCCUCAUCCUAUAGAAGAGCUUCGGAAAAUAAAGGUCCCGGUCAAAUUAGUGCACGGACUGGCCGAUGUUGCGUAUCCCUUAGAAUACUCGAAAGAUUUCCUCAAUCACCUUCGAGAUGCCGAUGUAGACGUUAGUUUGGAAGCUAUCGAUGGUGCGUCACACUUUGGCUGCGUCGAGCAUCAUGCGAUUGUGAAUCCAAUGUUCCAUGAUUUCAUCACCCAGCAGACCGAAGGUUGUGUUCAAUCGACCACGAAGGAGAUUGUCUCUCCUUGGGAGUGCACACUCAAAAAGCACGGCUGGGUCGACGCUGAAAACAUGCUUGAUGAUUCAGACGACGAAUAGAGCUUCAUUGGGAAGACACUGUAUUUCUCCAUGUCAUACAUAUAUCCUCUUCUGCAUUCUAUUGCUUAGGUACCGACGUUUUUAUUUCACAUAGUUUACGAGUUCCUUGUGAGGUUAUAGAUUAAUAUUUACAUUGAAACACUUGAAUGGAU